AUGCCACUUCAUCAGAGCUCCCUUUCUGAGUUGUGUCUUCGAAAUCGCAAGUUUGCUACAAAAGACAAAAUCAAACCAUGGCUUCAAAAAAUACUCCAAGCCCGCAAGGGUAUAAAUAUCGUGAUUGAAAGGUCAGAUUCCAACAAAAUCAUCUUUCGCUGUAAGCCUGUUUCCAAGCGUGAUCUGGAGGGCAAAGCAGUAAGACAAAGCACAUGUCCAUUUAGGGUUCGUGCCAACUAUUCUAGUCGUAAUCGAAGCUGGUCUUUGGUUGUUAUUAACGAAUGGCACGAUCACGAAUUAGAACCACAUGGGCUUGUUCCUGUGCUUUCUCCAUCCAUGGAAAUCUUCGAAGGGUCAGAACCUAAGAAAGAAGCAAUUCUUUCUUCACGCACUUCCACUCCCAAGGCCAGACAAAAGGAUUCCCACUUUAAGGUAUUCAAUUCUUUGACAUCAGAUCCUGAAAGCAAACUGCUGAAUUACAUUCUCAAUCUUCUCACAAACGAGGUUAAUUCACUAAUCAAAGAAACUGUGUUGGAUAAUAGAGCACUCAGUGAUAAUGAUAAAAGCAGCAUACUUCGUGGUUUUUCGAGCCAGUUCCUUAAUGAUUACAAGAAUGUCAUGUCACCUCCAUCUAAACCGUCUGGCUUGAAUAGCUGGUUGUCAACUCCUAACACUAGCCAUACUACCCUUAACCCCAAUCCAAGUGCCAACCUUAUUCCUCUUACGCCAUUAUUGAACGAAUCUGACCAGGAUUAUACAGAUACCGAGUCGGCAACGGCAAACACACACCCUCAAGCUGCUCUCGAAAGCUUUACUCAUCUACCAGGACUCAACUUGAAUCUCAAUUCUAAUACGAUUCAGCUUCUGCUGCUGAUCCAAAACCAAGCCCAACAACUUCCUUCUUUCAAUUCCAUUCAAAAUCAGCUACCCUUCAGUCCAACAUUGGGGAGCUACAAUGGCAAUGGCUCAUCUACAACACUCAAUCCUUCUCAUUUGCACAACACAACGAAGUCCAGCUCCAAUGUCAUUUUUGGGCUAAAUGAGUUCAAGCUCAACGGACCUAGCACCUCACCCGCCGCAAAUGUCUCCACCGAUACAUUUGCAUCGUCGUUUCCUCAAACCUCAAAUGUUAUGAACAAUCAGUCUGCUCUUUCAAUUCCUGGCUUGUCAUCCCCGAGCAAUAAUGUCAUCCAUAAUAAUCCUUCCACGUCCCAGUUAAUGUAUCGUGAUCCUCUUGCAAGCUUUGCCCAUUCAAGCCAUCAACAUCACGGACUUGCAAAUAUUUCUGAUGGGUGGUAG